ACAUGAGGACAUCUCAGUUAACUGUAACCUUCACGUUGCUGUCCUCAUAUCUACUUACACCUUUACAAUGAAAACAUAUGGAAGAGUCACAGUACAUUGCCUGAUGAUAAGAGCGUUGUUCUUUAUGAAGAGUAAUAAAACAGAUGGCGGGAGCCAACGUGUAAAGUGUAGCUGCCUCCACUGCAGAGACAGUCUGAGACCUUUUCUCCAAAGGACUGUAGUGUGGGAUUAUACCCACACAGAACCGAGUGAGAACCCACAGUCCAACAGAACAAACUACAGCCACAGAGAACAUCACGCACUACAAUUAAACUGUCUGACACAACUAAAACCAAACUCUAAACUCAACGUGGACACGAGAGGAAACAAGUAAUGCUCAUCGUCCUGCUUGUUCAUUUUUUCCAUCACAUCUCAUAUAAGUUUUCAGGCGCGCGCGGAGCCUCCGAUGACGCAUGUGUGUGUGUGUGUGUGUGUGUGUGUGUGACACGAGCCUUCAUAUUUCUCUGACGUGAGACAGAAACUCUCAGAAGAGCAAGAAGUCAAGCGGACAGAACCCAAAAAAGAAAAGACGAAAAAAGAGGAGAAGAAAAAACAAGAAACAAGAGAGAGUAAAAGAGAGAGAGAGAAAAAAGAGAGAGAGAGAAAAGAGAGAGAGAGAGAGAGAGAAAAGAGAGAGAGAGAGAAAGAGAGAAAAGAGAGAGAGAGAGAGAGAAAAGAGAGAGAGAGAGAGAGAGAGAGAGAGAGAGAGAGAGAGAGAGAGAGAGACAGGGGGAUGAGGACCUUCCAGAGCCAAAGUCAGCCUGCGCCCCGCGGAGCCUCCAGCAGCCUGCACAGCCUCAGCAGCACCGCCAUGAGUCCACUCAGCACGGCCAGCAUCACCCUCGCAGCCCUGCUCAUCCUCACCAUACCAGUGUGCAAAAGUGCUCCAGCAGAACUUCAGCAAGCCACAACAGAGCAGAGGCAGCUCCUCAGCCAGAUAGACGCUGUGUGCUCAUCCUACCUCUCUGCAGACCUGAAGUUCUGGGUGAGUGAGGCAUCUGAUGUCUUAGGGGAACUCUGUGUCUUGAUGCUGGUUCAGAAGUCAAAGGAGCUGAAAGUGCGAGAAAACAGUAAAAGGGCUGAACUGCAGGGACCUGGUGGAAUCCAGAGCAGAGGUUACUUCCUCUAUCGGCCACGAAAUGGAAGACGAUCCUUAGAAUAUGAGUAAAUUAAAGCUUAGUGUGUAGAGACGACAGACCCCGAGACCCGAGCCGCUGCCCCAUGACUGAGUGAUCCAGACUUUAACCACAGCCCUCCGCCACUGUUGUAUAGUGAUGUCUGAAUGUACAAAAAGAAUAUAAUUAAAAUACUAGUCAAUGGUCCAGAUUUUAUUUUGUGUUAUAUGUUUGUCAUUUGCAUUAAAAUGCUAUAAUGUG